UCUUUUUGUUAUAUGGUUGUUUUCUUCAGAUCUCAUCUGAUCUGAAGAAACAACCAUGGAUUUAUCGACAAUCAUGAAUUCAACGACGAUAUUUCUGGACACAGCGACAAUCUUGAAUAAUUGUUCUGGAUAUUUUCGUUUCGUCAACGAAGCGAAAGAACUCAAGGAUCUUAAUGGAACUUUAUGGGAAGUUCAACCACUUGCAAUGAAUAAAAAGUCGAGCAUAUGGUACGGAGAUGAUCCUUUCAACUAUUCAAUUCCUGUUUUCUUGGCUCAAGCUUCUAUCACAGCUUUUGCAACAUCAGCCAUGAAAUUUGUAUUGGAACCCCUGGGAGUGACCUCUUUUGUCGCUCAGAUGAUCGUAAGGAGGUCUACUUAUAGGUCCUUCAUUUUUGGGGAAAACAGAAUUAUUCGCAAAAAAAUUGUUCGCCAAUGCAUCUUUAUAUAUAUUGGAGACAGUUCAGUACUUCGGUUCCAUGUUUUUUCUGUUCCUUAUUGGAGUGAAAACAGAUAUAAGUAUGGUAAGAAAAUCAGGAAAAAUGGCAUUGCUGGUAGGAUUCCUUAGCUUCUGCCUCCCUUUCGUCCUUGCGACCUUAGUGGCUUACAUUUUAGUGAAAGAUAAAAUAUAUUGGGUGCCCAGAGAAAUACUCGAAUCUCUCCCUUAUAUUGCAGGAUUAACAUCCCUGAGUUCACCUCAUGUCAUCAAUAGCUUCCUUGCUGAUCUAAAUCUCCUAAUCUCCGUCCAUGAUCAGCGGAGGCUGCAGCUUAAUUUCUGUCUUCUUAGUUUUAACAUUUAAACAGAGCGAACUUUCAAAAACUCCAGAGAAUAUUAUGUGGACACUUUGCAGUUGUUUAACAAUCAUCAUAAUUAUCAUCUACGUUAUACAACCCAUAAUGCUAUGGGUACACAAACGCCAUGAUGACGCAGCAGUCAAGGAAGAGUACGUAUUUUUCAUAUUUCUUACGGUUUUGGUUUCUUCGCUGGCCGGUGAGAUUGUUGGGAAGCAUUAUUUGGUAGGUCCGCUGCUUCUGGGUCUGGUUGUUCCACCUGGACCGCCGUUGGGAGCUGCAAUAGAAGAUAAACUCGAUUGUUUUGUUACGGGUAUACUAGUGCCAGUGCUUGUAAUUGCCAGAGCAUGCCCAUUCAUGCUGUCCGAAAUAAGAAGUUCAACUUUUGUGGUCGUUCAGUUACUGGCAUUCUUCAGUUUCGUUGGGAAGUUCUUUGGAACUAUAAUAACGGCUAUCUAUUCCGAAACCCCUAUCCAAGAUGCUCUAACUCUAGGACUCGUCAUGAAUGUCCAAGGUGUACUAGACAUACAAAUAUGGGUACGAGCAAUGGGUCUUAAGCUUAUUGACAGGGAAAUUUACGGAAGUCUGGUGCUUACGAUGCUGAUCAUGACGGGCUCAAUCUCAGUCGUUGUCAAAUUUCUCUAUGACCCCUCAAAAAAAUAUGUAGGUUACAAAAGAAAAACCAUCCAGCAUUCCAAACCCAACGUAGAACUUCGAAUUCUUGCUUGUGUCUACCACGAAGAGAAUGUCCCGAGCAUUGUCAAUCUUCUCGAAGCUUCCAAUGCAACAACAUACAGUCCCAUCUGCGUCUACACUCUUCACCUAAUCCAACUUCAAGGCCGUGCAACACCUCUACUGAUCACUCACAAAACAAACCCUACCGAUCCUUCAGAAAUGAACCCUACAACCCGAAUCAUCAAGUCCUUUACAUUAUAUGCACAUCACAACAAAGGAAUCGUUUCAGUGAGCUCAUUCACAACCAUCUCACCUUAUAGUACAAUGCACGACGAUAUUUGCUCACUAGGUUUAGAUAAAAGAACCUCCCUGAUAAUUAUACCCUUUCAUCACCAACCAGCUAUUCUUACACAGUCCAAGUCCACAACAAGGAUCCGAAGAGUAAACAUAAACGUUCUCAAGAAGGCACCUUGUUCUGUAGGUAUACUAAUUGCCAAAGGUCCAACCAAACCCGCUAGCCUUGGUGGUAUGAAUUGUAAUAGAUCUCCAUCAAACGUAGCAGUUAUAUUCUUGGGCGGUCCAGAUGAUCGUGAGGCAUUGGCUUAUGGUGCUCGAAUUGGAGAUGACAUUAAUGUAAAGUUGACAGUAAUUAGAUUCAUGCAUUCUGGUGAAAGGAACCAGCAAAAGUCAAAAGAGAAGAGGAAAGAUCAAGAUACAGUAAAUGGGUUUAGGCUUCAAACUGCAGGUUCCAAGAAUGUAGAGUAUAUAGAAGAGAUGGUAAAAGAUGGAGUAGAACUUCUUUCGAGUAUUAAAGAAAUUGAAAGCUCGUUGGAGCUUCUGAUUGUUGGAAGAGAACAUGGCAAAGUAUCAUCAAAACUAUUGGAAGCUUUUAAUGAAUGGAAUGAAUUUCCGGAAUUAGGGGUCAUAGGUGACAUGCUUGUUUCUUCCGACUCAAAAACGUCCGGGUCUAUAUUAGUCAUGCAACAACGACCACAAAAGAAGAAACAAAAAAACUCGAGCAAACGUUAAAACAUCCUAGAGUAGUCUGAUAUAUACAUUGGGUAAAGAUUAGUUGAAUUGUACUUUUUACAAUGUUUUAAUUUACUUUUUAUCGAUUUCAAUUUUUUCUCUCCUUAGUGUAUGUAAAACAUUGAAAGUUUUGGACAAUUUUUUCUUUUUUUACUAAAA